AUGCAACUGAAAAACCUGACGAUAGAAGUACCACUGAGUGCAACACAACAUGGCAGUAGUCGUAUCUUUUGUGUUCGAGGGCCUCCCUGGAGAGACACGCUGUUGGUCAUCACUUUCUUCGCCACGAGCUAUAUUGCCCACGCAGCAACAGUCAAAUCAACACCCGGCGAGGGAACAGUCAGUAUAGCGUUCAACACUUUCAUGGCAUUAUGUUUCCCGAUGUUUGGGCUUUUGCGCGCACUAAAUGCAAUUGCUCGCGGCGCACGAUUCGGAGGUUCUGAACUCAAGAACGCUUGUAGAGCAGGUGCUCUUUGCAUGGUUGUGAGAAACCCGGAAUGGAGGCCCAGCCCUGGAGAUACUCUUGCAGCGGUCCUUGAGCAACGAAGCCAGUCCGAUGAAGAGAGUAACGUCACUUCAGACAUCAUCGAUGCAAAGAUGGUGAACUACUUCCCUACAUAUGCGCGAGAGGACUCAUCAGCUUGGGCCUACUUUGAUACCAUUGGCUCCCGAGCUUAUGUGGAUCCAGACUUGAUCAGAAUACAUGGUACAUACUUUCUAUCGGAAGGGUACUCAUUUGCUAUAGUACCACGCAAUGCUUGCUUGUCGGAGAUUGAUCGCAUUGAUUCCAGGCCAUUGGAACCACAGAAUGGCAGUACACCCGACGUCAAUAGUGAUAUCAGUUCGAGUUACAGCGUAGCGAAAGCAAUCGCAUCGCUGAUCCAAAUCCUAGGUGCACUGAGCAUCAUCCUUUUACGCAAACCUGAUACUAUAGAGCGGUGGGGAUAUGCAUCAUUCCAAUUGACCGUGGUUCCAUACUUAGUCAUGACUGUGGUCAACUUCACUAGUAAUGCACUUACAGCAGACUACGCUUGUCUAUAUAUGGUUGAAUCAGCGGUGAUGAGGGAAGCACGAAAUAGAGGUAGCAGGUUCAAGGGGACCGUGGCAGCUUUGGAAGAAUACACGGGGCCCCUAUCACCAGACGUCUCGACGAAAGAUAUCUCAGUUUGGACAGGUCUUACGCAGAAGCAUAUUCGG